ACUCCAUCUUCACGGGCACGACAUGACCUCGACCUCGAUGUUUCGAUAUGGCAAAUGCAUGUGCUGUACAACGCCGUGUAGAUGCAGGAAGAUGAUGGGCAUGCGCACACGACGUCAUGUCAGCACAUCAGCUCUACCGGGCCACACAUUGCAGCACCUUCGCCGAGAGAUUUUCCCACCAUUUAACUCCACCUGGGCACACUUGUCAUCCGCUUCAUUGCUGGGCUAGGGUGUGGCUUGAUCUUCGGUGCGAACCAGACUGUCAGCUACUCUCUAGGCCUGUUGCAGGGGGCACAUGCUACACUCUGGUCUUCACACAAGCCUCACCCGUUGGUGUGGGUUCAUCGUUAUUUUUGACUUGUGGCAGCAGCAGAGUCAUCAAUCUUUGGAUCGUCGAAAGGGUUCAACCCAGCGAUUUCAUCCAUGGGUGUGUUCGUUCAGAUCGACGGCACUGGAGGUAUCCAUGGAUGUAAACUAACGAUGUAUGCUGCGCCAACGGAACGAACAAGCAGGGGUUUGGUGUGGUUUGAGCAUCCCGAACAUGUUCAACGAGAUC